CCUGCUGCAGCCUGCUGCAGCCUGCUGCAUCCUCGGCCUCCUCAGCACACACGGGAGCCCGUCUCAGAGGCAGCAUGGAGAGGGAGGGGGUGCUGGUUUGGUCUAUUUAUUAUGGGAGGAUUGGAAGCGAGGCCACAGAGAGGCUGCUGGAGAGGUUUGGACAUGAUGGCAGCUUUCUGCUGAGAGACAGCGAGACCGUGCAGGGGGCCUACUGUCUGUGCGUGAGGAAAGCGCCGUAUGUGCACACCUUCAGGCUGGUGCACUCCACUGACGGCUGGUGUCUUCAGGAUUCAGGAGUCAGACUGCACAGGUUUAGGACUCUGGAAACGCUGAUAGAGAGCUACAGAACUGGUGCGGCCUCUGGAGUCAGUUUACCCCCCCUCACACACCCACUGGACAAAACACAGCUACAGUACUCCAGCUCUGGAGAAGAGUUUGUCUACAUGGAAACGUGCAGCAGCUCCGUGUACUGACGCCGUGCUGUUCGCCCGCAGGCCGACUGAGGCCGUUAACCGGGGGGACAAAGGACACGGCAGAGACACGGCGCACAUGUCACCUCACAUUGAGGACCCGAGUGCUGUUUUUUAAAAGUAUUUGUGACGCUUAGUAGCAGGAAUACUCCGCUCGGUUUGUUUGGGAGCCACUUUUUAAAAAAAGACAGGAGGCCAGGGGCCCCAUAUGUGUUUCUAGGAUUUUAGGACAUUUCCAGGAU